AUGGCCAGUCUUCUCUCCCCAGAUGUUGAAACUUCAGACGGCGUGAAGCAUGCUGGCAAUGUCUUGCAGCUCUUCGAAGACUCCAAACAAGACCCGAUUGACCGUCUAUGUAUAAUGUUUGAUGAGACGGCAUCCUCGGUCCACCAGACAGAAAAUAUUACCCCACCGUUUAAUGGAACGAAGGGUGAAAUCACAGAUUUGUUUUUCGAGGUUAACGACGACGUCAGCACUCCGUCUAUUUCUCUGCCUUAUCCAAACAUUCAAGGCAAAAUUACCAUCCCAGCACAGGAGCCAAUCACUCAGCACAUUACUUCGCCCGCUCUUUCCGCUCGCUCAAAUGGUUUGGACAUUAGAUCACGUCCGCAAAAGCAUUUCGCAAAUCCCACCUUGCCAGCUACCCAGCGUGAAGCGCAUGCCUUGAAACUAGGAGAUGCGCAUGCGAAAAAACUUCAUAUAGCCAAAGCAGCAGGUGAUUUGGCUUUGGUGGCCGGGAGUCAGGAAGAAGGACAAGAAGAAGAAAUUAUCGACUUUGGAAAUAAUCUGCAGCCUUCAGCGCUGGACGAACUUAUGCAACUUAUCGGGAUGGACUGA